AUGACUCCCGUCAUGGGCCAGUGCGCGUUUCGGGCAUGCGGCUCAGGCUUCAUGGGCGAUCUAGUCACCCCUUCAUUGCUCCAGUCUGAACUGGAGGACUUUUACCGAGGAGAUCCUCAGUCAUCAGCCGCGGUUUCGUUGCUCCGCUUGCUCUCGGGUUUGGAUACCCUCCUCGCUCUUCCUGUCGGAUCCUCGGGCGCUCAGCCGUCGCAGAUACAUCUGCUCUGGGAUUUUGUCUCGGUUGAGCAAGCUUUGUCGAAAGUCCACACUCCUUCCUCGGACGUCCACGCCAUUCAUACGUUCACUCCCGACAAAGAACCUGAAGAAAUGCUGGGAUACAUGCGUACGCUAAGGGCUGCGAUGGGGCAGCCCAAACUCGAACCCCUUGCGGCGCUCGAGCACAGUAACCUCGGUCCUUUGCAGUGGUGGCUCGCCGCCGGUGAAUGCUUUCUCUUUCUGUUCUUGAUAACCAGCAUCACUGAAUCGCCGGUAGAUAAUAUUUCCAGCGACCGCGCGAUGCGCCGACAGGACAUCUAUGACAGCGUUCUGCGACUGUUCGGCCAAAAUAUUCUACCUUCGCUCCAGGUGAAUCCCACACAUGUGGUCAGUCAAAGCCCCUCGAACCCCGACUUCGUCGGUGAACCAACCGCCGAGACUGGCGCAUACACCGGUCUUAGCGUCGGCCGGAAUUCGUCGCCCGAUGUGCAGCCGUCGGUCGGGAGCGUAGCUAUCGCAGCCCGGGGGAGGCUUGCGUCGCCUUGGCUUGCUCCGCGCGAGUUUCAGGGGGAGAUCUCUUGGCGCAUUGAGGACCUGAACCAGCUUGUUGAGGAUCUCUUAAACUGGUCAUCUGGGCAAUCCAUUCCAGAUGCCUUAAUCUGGGAGCACCCGGCAAUGCAUGGAUGUCUUGUGGACGCCGCUGGAUGCGCAGCGCAAUUUCAGGUAGGUUAUGUUUAUGUUUCUACCACUGGCCUGCAUUAA